AUGCGUCGCGGCAUACGGCACCUGGCGGAGGGCUCGUCGUCGAGCAGCGAGGCGGGGCCGGCGCCGCGCCUGCGCCCCGACGCCAGCGCCUCCACCAGCUCGGCGGACGCCCGCACUAGCCCUUCCAAGGCCUCGCUCACUUCUUCGAUACAUAGGUUUCGCUCGGACUUCGAGCAGCUGCAGUGCAAGGCGCGCGUGUUCGGCGAGUCGGUGGGGCUGUGCCGCUGCAUCGCGGAGGACUUCCAAAAGCGAGUGAGCUUCAUGGAGCGCCGCCUGCAGAGCCUCGAGCAGCGGCAGGUGCAGACGACCGAGAAAAAUUACUCUGCCAUCAUACAGAAAAAUCAGAGAUUGUCACAUAAGAUGAAACAAGACGCAAAGGCUUAA